CAAUUUCAUGAAACUGAAAUCUUCAUAAUUUGUUUUUUAUAAUAAAUAAAUAAAAGGCAUUAUCAAAAAUAACUUGUUAUAACACUAUCGUGAUAUACGCACGGAUCAACAUUAUUUAUCAUAGAAUCAUAUUGUAUUUUUAUUCUAUCUGUUGUAGAAUUAUAUAAUAUUGUUCGAUUCAAAUGGAUAAAACUUUUAACUCUAAUAAUUUACAAAAGUCAGUAGUUAGAACCCAUGACAUGUUUUAUUAAUGAUAACUUGGAUAAUACAAUUGAUAAGAUUUAACAGUGUUGACCAAGUUAUAACAUUUGCCCCCUUUAAAUUAAUUUUUUUAUAUAUAUCUUACAACAAUUUGUAUUACAUCUUAAGGAAAAAGAAAAACGAUACAUACAUUUAUAAAACCUACUAUAAGUAAAUAAUUAACAUAAACUAUAGUUCUAAACAGUUACAAAAUAAAUAAUUAUAUGAUAGUUAUAAUAAUAUUUACUACAUUUUAUACUUUAUGGGCUAUACCUGCAGGAUUUAACAAUUUUUCUUUUGGUCUAGGAGUUGCAACCUUUUUAUUUGGGCUAAGAAUUUUUGUGUUCUUAGUAGAGCUAUAAUUAGAAAUAGAAAUAGGAACUUUAGUUUCGUCAUUAGUACAAUUGGUGUUUUAUAUUUGAAUUUAUAUUGGAUUUAUUAAUAGAACUAUUUUGUUCAUUAGUCAAUAUUAUAUCUAUGUGGCGUUUCCAGUUUAAAGUAUCAUCAUUAGUACAAACUUUAUUAGUUUGUAAACCUAACUGCUUAGUCACAACAGCAGGAACCCAUUUUUUUGUUGAACUGCGAUAGUCUCUACCAACACUUUAUUUUUAACACAAAUCUAAUGUUUUUUUACCACUAGAUAGAACUUGAUUAAUUUUCUUACUUUCCAUAAUAACACUGGUAGAAGGUCGUAAAAGAUCAAACAUGUAUCUAACUGAUCUAUUUAACAAUAAUUUGACAGGCGUUUCACCUAUUGUGGCAUGGGGUGUGUUACGAUAUUGAAAUAAAAAGUUAUUCAAUUCAGUAACUAUGUCACAGUUAGGAUUUUUAAAGGUUAUUUUUUUUACAAAGUUUUUACAGCAUUUUUCACUGCCCCAUUACUUUGUGAAUGGUAUGUGUUGGUACACCAACUAAAUAGACAAUACCAAUUGUUUUUAAGUAAUUUUGAAAAUUUUCACCCAUAAACCACUUGGCACCAUCAGACGUUAGGUAUUCCAAAUCUAGCCAAAAUAUCAGUAAAUAUUUUUAUUACAAUAUUUUCAUUUACUGAAUUUACUUUAAACUAUUUUAGCCAUUUAGAUGUAUCAUCAACGAUUAUUAGAUAGUUUUGCCUAUAAAAAGUCCCUAAGAUGUCUAUUAAUAAAUGAAGUCUAGUCCAAACACUUUUUUGGAUAAGGGAAAGGCUUUAGGAUCGCCUAGGAGGCAUUGCCUUAAAGAAAAAACAUGGUUGACAAUUUACAGUAAUAUCUUCUAUGUCUUUAUCCAAAAGCGGCCACCGAAAAUAAGUUCUAGCCAAGUAUUUCAUUUUUGAAGUACCUUGAUGUGUACUAUGUAAAUGAUUUAGUAAGGUAUUUCUAUAUUUAAUUUGAAUGAUAAGCCUAUUACCCCACAUUAAAAUAUUUUGUUCAACCGUCAACUCGUUUUUCUUUUAAAAAAUGGUAAAAUGUUUUUAUCAGUCUUAGCACUGGAAGGCCAUGAGUUAUUUAAUAAAUAAUUAGUAAUUUUGGAAAGAAUAGGAUCAUAUAUUAGGUAGCUAUUUUUAUUUUUGACCAAUCCAAACAAUACUUACAUUCAUUAGUAAUAAGAUUCAAGUAAUUGACUGCUGCAACAGUGUCUAUUUGUUUACCUUCAAUAUCUAACCUGAAUAGGUAAUCUUUCGGAUUAUUAUUAGUAGAAACUCAUUUGAUGUCAAUGGUAUAGGCGAAUAAGACCUAUUCCCAUCUUUCCAACCUGUAUACCUUUUUUAGGAUUUAAUAUAUUUCCCAACGAUUUAUUAUCCGUAACCAAGGUAAAUUUUUUUACUCCAUAAAUUAUGGCUAAAUUUUCUCUUUUAAUUUGAGGGUAUUUUCCUUUAGCAGGAAAUAAAUGGUGAGAUGAAAAAGCUAUUGGUUUUUCUUUGUUAUCUGGGAAUAUAUAUGAUAACAUAGUACCUAAAGCUUUAUUGGAAGCAUCCACGGUUAAUUUCAAAGGUAAUUCUGGGUUAUAGUGUGAUAAAACCCUAUUAGACAAAAGUAACUUUUUAGACUAUUAAAUGAAUUAAUAUAACUUUUAGGCCAUUCUAAAGUAAUAUUUUUUCUUGUUAGUCUAUAUAAAGAUUCUAGUAGUUCUGCAGAUUUAAGUAUACAUUUUAAAUAGUAGUUUACCAUAUCUAAAAAACUUUUAAGUUGUGUUACAGUAGUAGGAAUGGGUGAAUUUUUAAUUGCCUUAAUGUGUGUUUGUCAGAUGGGUGCAAAUCAUCCUUAUCUAGAAUAUGACCAAGACCUUACCAGAAAUAGAUAUGUCUUCCUGGAAAAUUGUAACACCUGGUAUGUCCCCAAUUAACUGUUCAAGUAUGCGAUGAAAUAGACUAGCAGCACAAUUUAUUCCAUGUGGAACACUAGUAUAUGCAAAUAGACCCAAAGGAUAUUGUAAUCCCACCAAUACCGGAUUUAUAGUAAUAUUGAAAUCGCCACAAAUUAUUACAGAAUUGUCUGAUUUUAAUACAGGAACAAUGAACGUAGUUCAUUUAGAAAAUUCUACAGAAUUUCAACUUUAUGCUAGUGAAAGUAUUUCAAAAAUGAACGGUUUAACACAAUUUGGAUUAAUUCUGCAAGUUUUGGUCUCAUCUUUAGGUGAUCAUGUGAAAAUUGGGCCAUGUACUUUAGUUAUUAAUCCUGCUUGUCCAGAUCCCACAAUCAAGUUUUACUUAUACACAAGAAAAAAUCAGUUUAAUGCUCAAUUAGUUACAGUUGAUAAUAUAACAGACUCAUAUUUUCAUCGAGAUCAUAAAAACAAACUUAUUAUUCAUGGUUUUAAUAGUGGAUGGAAAUUGGAUGAGCUACAGAAUAUUAAAGAUGAGUACAUAAAAAGAGAAGAUGUUAAUGUUUGGAUGAUUGACUAUGGAGUACUGUCAGCUGGUCCAUUAGAAUGUUAUCCAGCUGCAGUAUAUAAUUUACGGUUUGUUGGAAUAUGUUCUACAAGUAUGGUUAAAGCGAUAUUGAAUUAUUCUCUUGUAAAAAAUUCUGCGGAAGCAUUACAUAUAAUUGGGUUCAGUCUUGGAGCUCAUAUGCCCAGUCACAUAUCGAGACAUAUAAGUCCUAUUAAACUAUCCCGAAUUACAGGUUUAGACCCCGCUCUGCCGUUGUUUUACGGUUUGAAUAAUAUUACACAGUUAAGCAAACACGAUGCAGAUUUUGUGGAUGUUAUUCAUACAAAUUCAUUAGUUCAGGGACAAGUCAAACCUUGUGGACACGUCGAUUUCUAUGUCAACGGAGGAAUAACCCAACCAGCAUGUGAUAAUAGUACUAAUCCUUCUAAAUGUAACCAUCAUAUGGCUCCCAGGUAUUUUGCAGAAAGUAUUAACUCGAUAAAAGGUUUUUGGGCGUGGCCAUGUUCAAGCAUAUUCGACUACUACAAUGAAAAAUGUCCUGUAAAAGGCGAGCAAAAGUUAAUGGGAGAAUCUUGCGACACAAACUCUACUGGAUAUUAUGUUUUAGAUACAUAUAAGCAUUAUCCAUAUGCUAUGGGAAAACGAUCUGAUUCAGAGCACUAGAAUCACAUUAUUGUUAAUUUAUUUUCGUUUAAAAUAAAGGAAACCGUCAAAAUUAUUAAAAUUAGUGAAAGUUUAAAAACGAGAAUAAUGAUUAUUUCUUAGAUUUUGUUGUCAAAUUUCAUUUUAGUUUACAAUAUAAGAGUCAUGGUUGAUGUUUACACCAGAUGAUUUUUAAAUACACAAAUAAACUCGUUGAUAAUUGUUU